CUCUUACACGAAGGUAUGUUAUUAGAGGUCGCUACUAAAUCUCAAGGGAAGCCAUAGAAUAUAAAGCGUCAAAUAAUUCAAUUGUGCGCUCCGCCUCUCUUUUCUUCAGUCCGGGCCAUGUUCUAUACUUUCAUUUACAGACGACAUUCGUUUCCUGUUUUCCGAGAAAUCAAGAAACAUUAGUCACUCCAAUAAUUCGCUUCAUUGCUUUCUGAUCUGAUCGUCGCCAUGCCUCUAAAAGAUGUAUUCGACGAUUUUCGAAAAAGCAAGGCUACGCUAGAGAAAAUUCACAGCGACACAGUUCAAUACUUCACUGAAAUCGCGCAAAAGCUUUCCAAUCCGAAGGAUGCAGCCAUUGCUGCGGAGCUUAGCUACGUGGGUUCGCCGCCGACAUCGCCUGAUGAAGUGAAAGUCAUGGCACAAACAGCCGCGAUGGCUGACAUUCACCUGGAGUUUGACACGAAUCUAGGCGAAUUACUUUACACCUCACAGGAGAAGAAGGAAGUCACCUCCCUGUUCUCACAGGAACCAGCGCUGAUUUUUGUUGGGCAGACGAACUGCGGCAAAAGCUCCAUCAUAAACGAACUUUUAGGCUGCAAGGCACUUCCGACUUCUGAUCAGCCCAGCACCGCGAGGAUUGUUCGCGUCUCCUACGCCGAGGAACCGUUCUGUCGCCUGGUCAACAAAAACGGUAGAACCCUGCAGGAAAUAGCCUUAAAGGGAAAGAACAAAAUCCCUCGAAGGAAAAUCGAGCUCAACCAGAAGGACCGCGGGGAUGCUAGCAAGGUGGAAGCGACCGUGGAGACCGGGCUGAAUAUCGAUUUCUUGAAGUCUGGUGUAACUAUCAUAGACUCGCCCGGAAGGAACGAGAAUGAGGCACUGGACAACCUGGUGAAGGAGAAGCUGGAAAAUCCACUGGCAUUUGUGAUCUACGUGGUCGACGGACAUAACCUAUUUACAAAGCAGGACAGAGAAGUUCUCAGCGAAAUGACUUCCCGACGAUCUGACUUGCCAAUAUUUUUCGUGGUAAGUAAACUCGAACCUGAAGAUCGGGCAGAAUCCUCAGACGAAGACGAAGAAGCAAGCGCCUCUGCAAGGAAGAAAAUCCAAGAGUUGGAAGUACAGUCAAGAAAGAAACAGCGAGUCUACGAAAGACUUGUCAAGCACGGAUAUCUCUCCGCAGAACCUGGCGUGACCAUGGAUGAAAACGAACGAUUCCACGGUCUCUCCGCUUGGCGCAUCCAGAGGUACAAUGCGAUGAAGGAGAGGAACCCUGAGGCCUCCAGUGAUGAAUUUACCGAGUACAUUGAAUCCUUUAACAGAUUUCAGGACAGCCUGAAAAAGUUCGCUGAGGAAUCUUUACGCGCCAGGGUUGAGCGUGUUUGCCAAAUUCUCAUCCGAGUCUUGUCCAGAUGCUUAGAUUUCUUCAUUCAGAAAGCCAAUGUCUUGAAGAAGGGCAAGAAGCUGACGAUGAAAACGCUUCAGACUCUGCUACAAGAGGAACGGGAGGUUCACGAUAACAUCAGUCGCAAUCUGGACGCCAAAUCCAAAGACGUUCAGGAGAUACUGAGUGAUGCGUUAAAUAAUGCUCAAAGUCAGAGUGGUAUCCUCAAGGAAGCCGAAAACUUUGAGUACGUUCUGACAGAAUUUAACAUUCCCCAAGAUGGCUUUGUCAAGGAGAAAGCGGCCGUGGCCCACUGCCAAGACCAGCUGCAGCGAAUGGUGAUCAAUAAACUCCAAGGAGAAAUCAAGGUAACUCUAAGCAUGAUGUUUCGAUCAAGGGAGCUGUUUUUUACUCAACUGAAAGAUCGCAUCGAGCGAAUUGAAGAGGAGAUCGCGGCCGAUGGGGAAUUUCCUUCAGCGGCUCUUUCCCUCGGAAGAAGCCUUCUUUCAUCUUACGAAGCCCAGAUCACUUUAAGCAAACACGAUGGAAUUCAAAGCUUCAUCAAAAAAGUGGCCAUCCGGGUUUUCGAAAUGAUUUCUGACCCAGUCGAUGUUAUCAUCAAGACCGUCACAGGGAAAGUCGAGGUCGGUUCAAAAGAAUGGAAGAGGAAGGUUGCCUCAAAAGCUCUAGCGAGAGUAGAUCCGUCUAAGAUGGCCGAGGAAAUCGCGAGCAAUCUAAAGACACAUUUUUCUGCCUGCCAUGAAGAAUUCAUUGGAGAAAUCAAGAAAGUCCAGGGCCUGUUCGACCGCGGAGAGACCAUCAAAGACGAACAAAGGGAAAAGAUUCUUGAGUUCGCUCCCAAUCUUGCCCUCCUAGAAAUGCUGGCAUACGGUGUCAUGGACAGAUUCAGAUUUGGCCUGCCACGUCAAGGAGAACUUAUUGGUACUGGAGCACAGGGCAGUGUCUUUGCUUGUGACAACAUUACGACUCCCAGGGGCAAGCCCUGCGUAGUGAAAGUAGUCAAAGUUGCUUCAGAGGAAGUGCUGAAAGAUCUUACCCUGGAAUUGCACAAUACCAGGUCUCUUCAACAUGACAACAUUUUACCCGUACUGUGCACCAUAGUGGAGACAAACCGAGAACGUGGCCUUUCUGUGGCACUUGUCUCGGAGCGAAUGAGGUGCGAUCUUCAAGAAGGUCUCCCAGCCAUUUCGUCUAUGAGGAAGAGGCUAGAGAUAGCGCUUGACGUGGCCAGAGCCUUGCAGUAUCUGCACGCGGAAGACUUGAUUCAUCGAGAUGUUAAAGUGCAGAAUGUUUUGUUGGACGAGAACAACAGGGCUAAGCUGACUGACCUGGGUCUCUGCAAACCCGAAGGCCUUGCCAGCAACUCGCUGGUGGGAACGCCCAUCAACAUGGCACCUGAAAUGAUCAAACAACAGUAUGACAAAACCAUUGACGUGUACGCGUUUGGCAUGCUCCUUUGGAGGGUGUGUGAAGGUAAGGGCAACCAACCUCAGAACAUAAACCGCCAUUUCCUUCCUCUGGUCAUGCUCAUGUUGAACGCGCUCGAUAACAAGACGCCUGAGCGACUGGACGUGUUUCCACAAAGCUGCUGGGAACUUAUGGAAAAGUGCUGGAAUCUAGUUCCCGAAGCAAGGCCGUCUUUUGACAGUGUCGUAAAGGACCUGGAAACGAUUCUUGGAGAUGUUAGCAUUCGAUAGGGACAUCAAUGCAGAACGCAGCAGUUGAAAAGGUUUUACACCAAGUGGUGUCUUUGGCGAUAAUAUUUUUGACUUUGCGAAGAGAACUUUCAUGUUAAUGUGGUACAGGGUUAAAGGGGAAUAUCUUGGUUUUUCUGGUAGUUGCUUGGUCUCUGCUCAACAGUUUUUUAUUCUUUUAUUUUUGAGUAGGAACCUAAGUAUUAUUGCUACUAGCGUUAGAGAAGAGGCUAGGCCAUAGCAAUUAAGUUAUAUAAUAAGCCAAAUUAUUCUCGCGUUUUGAUUAGUUCUUACUGAUGAUCUAUUGGAGGACAGACCCAUAGAUGACGUCAUUUAAAAUCUUUGUUGUUUCUAUAACAUAUAGAACAAAUACAUCUCAUAUUGCCGUGCGUCUGUUCAGCAAAGGACUACAGAAGACGUUAAAAUGUUGUAAGAACAUCAGUGGCAAUCUCGGCUAUCCGCGCGUGUGCCACUUUUUUUGUUGUUCUUACCACGUUUUGAUGUCAUCUGUGACCUACUUCUUAAAGACGCGCAGCAACAUGGAACCUAUUUGUUAACUAUAUAUAGUUAACAGUAUUUUAUAGGAGGCAGCGGGGCCGAGUGGUUAGGGCUCCGGCCUUGAAAUCCGGAGGUCGCGAGAUCAAGUCCCGCUCUGACCACUUAGCUG